AUUUUAAAUGACUUCAAUGAAGAUGUUCAUCAUGAGAGAGCAGGUGGAUGUGAUCUGCUGUAAAUCAGUAGGAACUGAUCUGUCCAUGCUGGAUAUUGAUGAUUUCAUCUCAGAAAUCUCUCAGCUGAAGAAAGAGGUGACGUCACUGAAGACAAAACUGAUGGAGAGAGACGACAGGUUACAGGAGCUGGAAAAGGUUUCCUGUCAAUCUUCAGUGUGUGUGACUGAUGGGACCUCCACAGAAUGUCAGGAUUCAGUGUGGAGCGGCAGAGAUCAGUCCACACCACAGCGACUGCUGGACAAACUCUCUGAACAGAGAUCCAGAGACACACAGGACUCACAGCUCACUUUACUCUGUUCUACUGACUGUAAUCAGGGUGAUCAAACCCCCACAGAGUCUCAGACUUCUGUCUGUAGUGCUGGAGAACAGCAGAUACUGCAUAUACCAGUGAAGAUGUGUUCAGUGAAGCUUCUGGACUGCAGGAACCUGAUGAAGAUGAGAGGAGAAAUCAAAGUAGAGGAACAACAGAGUGAUGAUGAUGAUGAUCAAACCUCCACAGAGUCUCUGACUUCUGUCUGUAAUGCUGGAGAACAGCAGAUGCUGAUGACACCAGUGAAGAUCGAAGUGAAGCAGGAGGAGAUAAAUGAAGAAAUCACAGCAGAGGAACAACAGAGAGAUGAUGAUUAUAUUUCUUCAGAGCUGAUGGAAGCGAAAGAGCAAUGUCAAGAACUGAAUGAAGUGGAGGAGAAUCUUCAGUGUCAGAAACAUCAUGAUUUCACAACUGGAGAAAAAUCUUUGAGUUGCUCAAAGACUAAGAAGAAUUUAUCACCAGAAAACCAGAAAAGAAGAGCAGCCAAUAAUGCUUUCACCUGCUCACAGUGUGGAAAGUGUUUCACAAAUAAAAGCCUCUUGAAACAGCACCAAAGAGUCCAUACUGGAGAAAAACCUUACAACUGUUCACACUGUGAAAAGAGUUUCAAUUACUCGCAUAACCUGAAAACACACGAGAGAAUUCAUGCUGGAGAAAAACCUUACAAGUGUUCACACUGUGAAAAGAGUUUCAGUCACUCACAAAACCUGAAAACACACGAGAGAAUUCAUACUGGAGAAAAACCUUACAAGUGCUCACACUGUGAAAAGAGUUUCAUUCAGUUACAAAACCUGAAAACACACGAGAGAAUUCAUACUGGAGAAAAACCUUACAAGUGCUCACACUGUGAAAAGAGUUUCACCCGGUCAGAACACCUGAAAACCCACAAGAGAAUUCAUUCUGGAGAAAAACCUUACAAGUGCUCAUACUGUGGAAAGAGUUUCACUCAGUCACAAGACCUGAAAACACAUGAGAGAAUUCAUACUGGAGAAAAACCUUACAAGUGCUCAUACUGUGAAAAGAGUUUCACCAGGUCAGAACACCUGAAAACACACGAGAGAAUUCAUACUGGAGAAAGACCUUACAAGUGCUCAUACUGUGAAAAGAGUUUCAUUCAUUCAAAAGACCUGAAAUCACACAAGAGAAUUCAUACUGGAGAAAGACCUUACAAGUGCUCACACUGUGGAAAGAGUUUCAGUCACUCACAUAACCUGAAAACACACGAGAGAAUUCAUACUGGAGAAAAACCUUACAUAUGCUCACACUGUGGAAAGAGUUUCAUUCAUUUACAAGACUUGAAAACACAUGAGAGAAAUUAUACUGGAGAAAAACCUUACAAGUGCUCACACUGUGAAAAGAGUUUCACAAAGUCUCAAGACCUGAAAUUACAUGAGAGAAUUCAUACUGGAGAAAAACCUUACAAUUGCUCGCACUGUGAAAAGAGUUUCACUCAGUCACAUCACCUGAAAACACACCAGAGAGUUCAUACUGGAGAGAAACCUUACAUAUGCUCACACUGUGGAAAGAGUUUCACUCAGUCACAAGACCUGAAAACACACAAGAGAAUUCAUACUGGAGAAAAACCUUACAAGUGCUCACACUGUGAAAAGAGUUUCAUUCAGUCUGCACACUUGAAAAAACAUGAGAGAAUUCAUACUGGAGAAAACCUUUAAGUGCUCACACUGUUUUCCAUAUUCAUCAUGAGGGAGCAGGUGGAUGUGAUCUGCUGUAAAUCAGUAGGAACUGAUCUGUCCAUGCUGGAUAUUGAUCAUUUAAUCACAGAAAUCUCUCAUCUGAAGAAAGAGGUGACGUCACUGAAGACAAAACUGAUGGAGAGAGACGACAGGUUACAGGAGCUGGAAAAGGUUUCCUGUCAAUCUUCAGUGUGUGUGAUUUAUGGGACCUCCACAGAAUGUCAGGAUUCAGUGUGGAGCGGCAGAGAUCAGUCCACACCACAGCGACUGCUGGACAAACUCUCUGAACAGAGAUCUAGAGACACACAGGACUCACAGCUCACUUUACUCUGUUCUACUGACGGUAAUCAGGGUGAUCAAACCUCCACAGAGUCUCUGACUUUUGUCUGUACCGCUGGAGAACAGCAGAUGCUGCAGAUACCAGUGAAGAUGAAAAUGUGUUCAGUGAAGUUGCUGGACUGCAGGAACCUGAUGAAGAUGAGAGGAGAAUUCAAAGUAGAGGAACAACAGAGUAAUGAAGAUGAAGAUGAUGAUGAUCAAAACCCCACAGAGUCUCUGGCUUCUGUCUGUAAUGCUGGAGAACAGCAGAUGCUGCCAGUGAAGAUCGAAGUGAAGCAGGAGGAGAUAAAAGAAGAAAUCACAGUAGAGGAACAACAGGCAGAUAAAGAUAAUUAUAUUUCUUCAGAGCUGAUGGAAGUGAAAGAGCAAUGUCAAGAACUGAAUGAAGUGGAGGAGAAACUUCAGUGUCAGAAAACUCAUGAUUUCACAACUGGAGAAAAAUCUUUGGGUUGCUCAAAGACUAAGAAGAAUUUAUCACCAGAAAACCAGAACAGAAAAGCAGCCAAUAAUACUUUCACCUGCUCACAGUGUGGAAAGUGUUUCACAAAUAAAAGCCUCUUGAAACAGCACCAAAGAAUCCAUACUGGAGAAAAACCUUACAACUGUUCACACUGUGAAAAGAGUUUCAAUUAUUCGCAAAACCUGAAAACACACGAGAGAAUUCAUACUGGAGAAAAACCUUACAAGUGCUCACAUUGUGAAAAGAGUUUCACCCGGUCAGAACACCUGAAAACACACGAGAGAAUUCAUACUGGAGAAAAACCUUACAAGUGCUCACACUGUGAAAAGAGUUUCACCAGGUCAGAACACCUGAAAACACACGAGAGAAUUCAUUCUGGAGAAAAACCUUACAAGUGCUCACACUGUGAAAAGAGUUUCACCAGGUCAGAACACCUGAAAACACACGAGAGAAUUCAUACUGGAGAAAAACCUUACAAGUGCUCAUACUGUGAAAAGAGUUUCACCAGGUUAGAACACCUGAAAACACACGAGAGAAUUCAUACUGGAGAAAAACCUUACAUAUGCUCACACUGUGGCCAGAGUUUCAUUAAUUUACAAGACUUGAAAACACAUGAGAGAAAUUAUACUGGAGAAAAACCUUUCAAGUGCUCACACUGUGAAAAGAGUUUCACUCAGUCACAAGACCUGAAAUUACAUGAGAGAAUUCAUACUGGAGAAAAACCUUGCAAGUGCUCAUACUGUGGAAAGAGUUUCACCAGGUCAGAACACCUGAAAACACACAAGAGAAUUCAUACUGGAGAAAAACCUUACAAGUGCUCACACUGUGAAAAGAGUUUCAUUCAGUCUGCACACUUGAAAAUACACGAGAGAAUUCAUACUGGAGAAAAACCUUACAAGUGCUCACACUGUGAAAAGAGUUUCAUUCAGUCUGCAAACUUGAAAAAACACGAGAGAAUUUAUACUGGAGAAAACCCUUUCUUGAAACUGCCUGGUUUACGACCUCCUCUGCCUUACAAGUUCUGCCUGUUUGGACUUGGACUCAACCUGCCCUCACUGCUUGAGACCCUCAUUGAUUCGGUAUCGGCGGGAAACUUCAUCUCCAAAUCUCUUUGUCAACAACUCAACUUCCCAGCCAUCACCUGCUCCACAGCACUCCCUAUCCACUCUGUAGUGGGCCAACCACUGGGAAAAGACACGUGUCUUAACAGCCAACCCUGCGGAAGCUCUUUUAGACAGGUUAGAUCAACGGAAGUUCAACAGGCUAUUAAUAAGCUUUCCAAUAGCAGUAGUCCUGACCCUGAUGGUCUUGAGGCACACAGAGGGAUUAAGGGAAAUGAAGAUGUGGAUGCAUUAGCAAAACAGGCUCUGCUGCAGGAGGAGGUUUUGUGCGUUCCACUCAGUAAGUCUGAAGCUAAAGGAAUAAUCAAACGAAACAUCAUUAAGGAGUGGCAGAACAGUUGGGAUACAGGAAACACAGGGCGACAUCUCUAUAUAUUACAGCAAGAUGUGGGUACAGGAAGGAUAGCCAGAAGAAACAAUAAAGAGGAGAACAUCUUGACAAGGCUAAGGGUGGCGGUAAUGCACCAUAAUGCUGGUUGCCACCCGCCAUUAAACGUAACAAAGAAGAAGUCCAGCAGGAGACGCAAAAGCGCCAUUAAACACGAGAAGAAGAAGAAUUUAUCUAUGUUCAUCAUGAGAGAGCAGGUGGAUGUGAUCUGCUAUAAAUCAGUAGGAACUGAUCUGUCCAUGCUGGAUAUUGAUGAUUUCAUCUCAGAAAUCUCUCAGCUGAAGAAAGAGGUGACGUCACUGAAGACAAAACUGAUGGAGAGAGACGACAGGUUACAGGAGCUGGAAAAUGUUUCCUGUCAAUCUUCAGUGUGUGUGACUGAUGGGACCUCCACAGAAUGUCAGGAUUCAGUGUGGAGCGGCAGAGAUCAGUCCACACCACAGCGACUGCUGGACAAACUCUCUGAACAGAGAUCCAGAGACACACAGGACUCACAGCUCACUUUACUCUGUUCUACUGACGGUAAUCAGGGUGAUCAAACCUCCACAGAGUCUCUGACUUCUGUCUGUAAUGCUGGAGAACAACAGAUGCUGCAGACACCAGUGAAGAUAUGUUCAGUCAAGCUGCUGGACUGCAGGAACCUGAUGAAGAUGAGAGGAGAAAUCAAAGUAGAGGAACAACAGAAUAAUGAUGAUGAUGAUGAAGAUAAUCAAACCUCCACAGAGUCUCUUGAUUCUGUCAGUAAUGCUGGUGAACAGCAGAUGCUGCAGAUACCAGUGAAGACUGAAGUGAAGCAGGAGGAGGUAAAAGAAGAAAACACAGUAGAGGAACAACAGAGUAAGGAAGAUGAUGAUGAUCAAACCUUCACAGAAACUCUGACUUCUGUCUGUAAUGCUGGAGAACAGCAGAUGCUUCAGACACCAGCGAAGAUGUGUUCAGUGAAGCUGCUGGACUGCAGGAACCUGAUGAAGAUGAGUGGAGAAAUCAAAGUAGAGGAAAAACAGAGUUAUGAAGAUGAUGACGGUCAAACCUCCACAGAGUCUCAGACUUCUGUCAGUAAUGCUGGGGAACAGCAGAUGCUGCAGAUACCAGCGAAGAUUGAAGUGAAGCUGGAGGAGAUAAAUGAAGAAAUCACUGUAGAGGAACAACAGAGAGAUGAUGAAGAUUAUAUUUCUUCUGAGCUGAUGGAAGUGAAGGUGCAAUGUCAAGAAGUGGAUGAGGAACGUCAGUGUCAGAAACCUCAUGAUCUCACAACUUGCUCAGAGAUUAAGAAGAAUUUAUCACCAGAAAACCAGAAAAGAAGAGCAGCCAAAAGUACUUUCACCUGCUCAAAUUGUGGAAAGCACUUCAGUAAGGCACAAGACCUGAAAACACACAAGAGAAUCCAUACUGUAGAAAAACCUUACAAGUGCUCACACUGUGAAAAGAGUUUCACUCUGUCACAAAACCUGAAAGCACACGAGAGAAUUCAUACUGGAGAAAAACCUUACAAGUGCUCACACUGUGGAAAGAGUUUCACUCAGUCACAAGACCUGAAAAAACAUGAGAGAAUUCAUACUGGAGAAAAACCUUACAAGUGCUCACACUGUGAAAAGAGUUUCACCAGGUCAGAACACCUGAAAACACAUGAGAGAAUUCAUACUGGAGAAAAACCUUACAAGUGCUCACACUGUGAAAAGAGUUUCACCAGGUCAGAACACCUGAAAUCACAUGAGAGAAUCCAUACUGGAGAAAAACCUUACAAGUGCUCACAUUGUGAAAAGAGUUUCAUUCAGUUGCAAGACCUGAAAACACAUGAGAGAAUUCAUACUGGAGAAAAACCUUACAAGUGCUCACACUGCGAAAAGAGAUUCACCUGGUUAGAUUACCUGAAAAAACACGAGAGAAGUCAUACUGGAGAAAAACCUUACAAGUGCUCACAUUGUGAAAAGAGUUUCAUUCAGUCGCAAGACCUCAAAACACAUGAGAGAAUUCAUACUGGAGAAAAACCUUACACAUGCUCACACUGUGGAAAGAGAUUCACUGGGUCAGGACACCUGAAAAAACAUGAGAGAAUUCAUACUGGAGAAAAACCUUACACAUGCUCACACUGUGGAAAGAGUUUCACUCGGUUAGAACACAUGAAAACACAUGAGAGAAUCCAUACUGGAGAAAAACCUUACACAUGCUCACACUGUGGAAAGAGUUUCACUGGGUCAGAAUACCUGAAAAAACAUGAGAGAAUCCAUACUGGAGAAAAACCUUACAAGUGCUCACACUGUGGAAAGAGUUUCAGUCAGUCACAUAACCUGAAAACACACGAGAGAAUUCAUACUGGAGAAAAACCUUACAAGUGCUCACACUGUGGAAAGAGUUUCAAUCACUCACAUAACCUGAAAACACACGAGAGAAUCCAUACUGGAGAAAAACCUUACCUGUGCUCACACUGUGGAAAGUGUUUCACAAAUAAAAGCCUCUUGAAACAGCACCAAAGAAUCCAUACUGGAGAAAAACCUUACAACUGUUCACACUGUGAAAAGAGUUUCAUUCAGUUACAAAACCUGAAAACACACAAGAGAAUUAAUUCUGGAGAAAAACCUUACAAGUGCUCACACUGUGAAAAGAGUUUCAUUCAUUCAAAAGACCUGAAAUCACACAAGAGAAUUCAUACUGGAGAAAGACCUUACAAGUGCUCACACUGUGGAAAGAGUUUCAUUCAUUUACAAGACUUGAAAACACAUGAGAGAAAUUAUACUGGAGAAAAACCUUACAAGUGCUCACACUGUGAAAAGAGUUUCACAAAGUCUCAAGACCUGAAAUCACACAAGAGAAUUCAUACUGGAGAAAAACCUUACAAGUGCUCGCACUGUGGAAAGAGUUUCACAAAGUCUCAAGACCUGAAAUUACAUGAGAGAAUUCAUACUGGAGAAAAACCUUACAAGUGCUCGCACUGUGAAAAGAGUUUCUCUCAGUCACAUCACCUGAAAACACACGAGAGAAUUCAUACUAGAGAGAAACCUUACAAGUGCUCACACUGUGGAAAGAGUUUCACUCAGUCACAAGACCUGAAAACACACGAGAGAAUUCAUACUGGAGAAAAACCUUACAAGUGCUCACACUGUGAAAAGAGUUUCAUUCAGUCUGCACACUUGAAAAAACACGAGAGAAUUCAUACUGGAGAAAACCCUUACACCUGCUCACAGUGUGGAAAGUGUUUCACAAAUAAAAGCCUCUUGAAACAGCACCAAAGAAUCCAUACUGGAGAAAAACCUUACAACUGUUCACACUGUGAAAAGAGUUUCAAUUACUCAUAUAACCUGAAAACACACAAGAGAAUCCAUACUGGAGAACAACAUUACAAGUGUUCACACUGUGAAAAGAGUUUCAAUUACUCGCAUAACCUGAAAACACACAAGAGAAUUCAUGCUGGAGAAAAACAUUACAAGUGCUCAUACUGUGAAAAGAGUUUCACUCAGUCACAAAACCUGAAAACACACAAGAGAAUCCAUACUGGAGAAAAACCUUACAAGUGCUCACACUGUGGAAAGAGUUUCACUCGGUUACAAAACCUGAAAACACACGAGAGAAUUCAUACUGGAGAAAAACCUUACAAGUGCUCAUACUGUGGAAAGAGUUUCACUCGGUUACAAAUCCUGAAAACACACGAGAGAAUUCAUACUGGAGAAAAACCUUACAAGUGCUCACACUGUGGAAAGAGUUUCAUUCAGUCACAAGACCUGAAAACACAUGAGAGAAUUCAUACUGGAGAAAAACCUUACAAGUGCUCAUACUGUGAAAAGAGUUUCACUCGGUUACAAAACCUGAAAACACACGAGAGAAUUCAUACUGGAGAAAAACCUUGCAAGUGCUCAUAUUGUGGAAAGAGUUUCACUCGGUUACAAAUCCUGAAAACACACGAGAGAAUUCAUACUGGAGAAAAACCUUACAAGUGCUCACACUGUGGAAAGAGUUUCAUUCAGUCACAAGACCUGAAAACACAUGAGAGAAUUCAUACUGGAGAAAAACCUUACAAGUGCUCAUACUGUGAAAAGAGUUUCACCCAGUCAGAACACCUGAAAACACACGAGAGAAUCCAUACUGGAGAAAAACCUUACAAGUGCUCAUACUGUGGAAAGAGUUUCACCCGGUCAGAAUACCUGAAAACACACAAGAGAAUUCAUACUGGAGAAAAACCUUACAAGUGCUCACACUGUGAAAAGAGUUUCAUUCAGUCUGCACACUUGAAAAAACACGAGAGAAUUCAUACUGGAGAAAAACCUAAAAAGUGCUAAAAUUGUUUUCCGCCAACCAUGACACAAGCCCAGAUCAGUCUGAUUCUUAAAAAGGACAAAAAUUAAAUCGAGUGUAAGAGUUACCGUCCAAUUUGCUUGAUCCAGCUAGAUGUAAAAAUAUUGUCAAAAAUGUUUGUAAAGAUUAAGUUACAUAUAGAUCAGGUAGGGUUUAUUCUAGGCCGCAGCACUUCUGAUAACAUUAGGUAUUUUAUUAAUAUCACUUGGUCAAUGGCGAAUGAUCAGACUUCGGUCACUGCCAUCUCACUUGAUGCUGAAAAGACAUUUGAUAUGGUAGAAUGGGAUUAUAUUUUAAAAUUUUGGAAGCAUGCAGGUUCGGGAAUACUUAUAUUGGAUGGAUUAAGUUACUUUAUGGACACCCGGUAGCGGUGGUACAAACAAAUUAAUUAAUUUCAGAAUAUUUUACUCUGGAUAGGGGCACCCGGCAGGGUUGCUCUCUUUCCCCAUUAUUCUUCUGUCUUGCCCUGGAACCAUUAGCAGCCGCGAUAUGAAGGGAAGAUGAUUUUCCAGGGGUGAUGGCUGGAGGUGUGGCGCUUAAACUUUUCCUUUUCACAGAUUAUAUGUUAUUAUUUGUCUCCGCCCCUACUAUAGCUAUGCCUUGUCUCCACAGAAUUAUUUACUGCCCAGUAAUGGCUUUUCAGCCAGGCACCUUUCAGUGGCCCAAACAGGGCAGUCAUGCUCUUGACUGGUUGUCUACUAAAGCUAAGCAGGGUUGAACCUGGCCAGUACCUGGAUGGGAGACCUCCUGUGGAAGUGGUAUUAGGGAGGCCAGCAGGGGUUGCUCACCCUACGGUCUGUGUGGGUCCUAAUGACGGGGACACUAUACUGUAAAAAGGCACCGUCCUUUGGAUGGGAUGUUAAACCGAGGUUCUGACUUUCUGUGGUCAUUAAAAAUCCCAGGACACUUCUUGUAAAGAGUAGGGGUGUAACCCCGGUGUCCUGGCCAAAUUCCCCCCAUUGGCACCUAUCGAUCAUGGCCUUGUAUUAAUCUCCGUCCCUGAAUUGGCUACAUCACUCUAUUCUCUCCUCCCCACCAAUAGCUGGCGUGUGGUGGGCUUUCUGGCAGGACUAUGUCUGCUGUCGCAUCAUCAUCAUCCCUAUGCUAUGUAAAGCGCUUUGGGUGCCUAGAAAAGCGCUAUAUAAAUGUAAGGAAUUAUUAUUAUUAUUAAGUAUUUGGGUAUUUUAUUCUCAACAAAUUUGUGAUUAAUAGUUAGUUAAUUUUGACCCGUUAAUAAAAAGGUUUUCGAGCUAUGUGGGCUGAUGGGCUUCAUUACAUUUAUCUUUGAUUGGGAAGGUUACAUGUUACUAAAAUGAAUUGUAUUCCAAAAUUUCCUCUCUAUAUUCCCCUCUCCCUAUAGAUGUUCCCCUCUCUCUUAUUUCAUGAAAUCUGAUAGCUUAGCAAAGUCCUUCAUUUGCAAUCGUAAACGUUAGAGAUGCACCGAUCGACCGGCCAGGGACCGGAAUUAGCCAAUUUUCCACAUGCUCGGCCCGGACCGGUGACCGGCCGGUCAGCUCACGUCUUUCUGAUUCCAAGCUGGUCAAUAACGGCAAUAAAGUCACAGCCGCACGUAAACAUGUCAUUGGCGUGGAAGAUAGGGGUGGCGGGAAAAAUCGAUUCUUAGAUGCAUCACGAUGCAGACCUGCACGAUUCUGAAUCUAUUCACAAAUGUCAAGCAUUGAUUUUAUGAAUGUUUCUUGUUAUGUAUGGGUAUGUUGCGCACGUUGGAGCCGAGAUACAACAUCCCAUCUCGUAAAUACUACACUGACACAGCGAUCCCCACACUUAUGUAUUAUACUUAUGUAUUCCUGGCACUAGUGUCUCUGCAGAAAGAGUUUUUUCUACAGCAGGAGAUAUAGUCACCGCACAGCGGAGCACACUUGCAUCUGAACAUGUUGACCAGCUCCUGUUCUUGCACAAGAACUUGCACAUCACUAGCUAAACACAUUUGCACCGUCUCUUUCUGAAAUAACAAAACGGGAGACUCCCGGGAAAAAUGGGAGUGUUGACCGGUAUGUUACAAGCCGUUCCCGAAGCAGUGCUCAGUUUUACAACUGAUAUUUGGACAUCUAACGUAAGUUGAGCGUAUUGGACACUUCAGUUUUUCAGAUCUUUGGAAUUGUUUUGUUAGACGAGUAAUAAAGAGAAAAAGGUCCAUUUUUCUAAUAAAAAUAGUGGAAAAUGACAUCUGUUUUAUAAAGCAACUAAUUUGCAGUUAAUUGUUAUUUCUACCUCUUUCCAGUCACAGAGCACUUUAUUUUGAGAGCUGUUUAAGUGAGAGAAGAUCCUGUAACUUAGUGCAGUUUGGGGGAAAUUGCAAUGUUAGUAGUAAGUAUUAUAUACGUUGUGACAAAAAAUGAUUUAUGGCCCUGAUUUAUGGUUUAAUUGCUGUACAUUUGACCUUUCCCUCCGCCCCCUCCCCUCCCUCCGGCAGUUGUACAUGCUGUGAUAUGGCGUGUCUGUUCUGAUACCCCCAUCGGUGUAUUUAAAAGAGUAGAAAGAUUAUUAAUCUUUAAUGGAAAACUGAGAUGACAAAAAAAGUAGUAUUACGUUUAAAAUGUGUUUAAAUGAUGUCUUUAUUGGGGUUUAAUGCUUGGUGAAAAACUGUUUUGUUUUUUAAACUUUUGACAAAGAGAAGAAAAUGUGUAUUUAAACAUUACGUUGUCUAACACAUCACUAACAUUGUCACUUUAAAGAUGCUGAACAAAAACAUAAAAUUUAUUUAAAAAUUGUAUUUCAACAAAGAGCAUUUUAAAUAGCAUAAAUUGUAAAAUGCAGCACAAAAUCUACCGUUUAAAAUCCUUUCAUGAACUCAUUCAGCGAUAAGUGAUGUAAGUAAGACGAUGUUUAACAUUAACCUAGCAAACAGGAUACAUUUUCUAAAAACAUAAUAUAAUUUUAACUAUAUAAGACAGAAAUCUUACACGACUCCGUUUAAAGUCCUUUCACGAUCUCGUCCAAAAUGACAAUGGCGUAAGAGCAGUUGACAAGCCCCUCCGCGGGGGUGGGGCUUAACCCCUCCUAAUCAGUGUUUGUGUGUUUUAAAGUAUUAUUUAAACGUUUAAAUGUAUUUAACGAAAACUUUGAAGUUUUGUUUUAAAACAAAAAACGUAUCAAGUUGGCAAAUACAACAAAAGCACUCUAAAAUUAUAAAAACUUUAACAACAUUCACUAGAAAAUACAGUAUUUUGGUAAACAGGUUUAUUUUAUAUAGAAUUCUGACGAAAUAUCUUUAAUACAAAAGUUUAAUACAUUUUUUUUUAUUUUUAACCAUGAGAUUCUAAAACAGUGGAUAUUGAAUGAUAUUAGUUUAUUUUACGCAAACAGACGAUACUGGCAGAGCAAUCUCAUUCAGACGGUCACUUUAAAAUAACGAAUAAAUGAUUAACAAGUGUUAUUUAUUUUUACCAGAGACUAAAACUUGUUUUAAACCAAAUAGUAUGAAAACAAAUUCUGAAUCAUUUAAAAUUCAGAAUUUGUUAAUUAGAUCUGUGUUCAUGGGGGUGAAGACGUGCCAAGAUUUCAAAGUGUCAAUUUAAACCUUUGAUCUCUGAAUUUUUCACAACAGGGGUUUUGGUAUAGUCUAUCGGCAGUCCUUUUAAAUGAUUCAGGCACAGAUUAAACUAUCAAACGUCCCAAUGUUGCAUUAUUCAGUUCUAAAAGAGAUUUUAACUAAACAUAUUAAUAUUGUAAAUUAAUGGGUCCUUUCUUCACGCGCAACCGCCUACUAAAAACAAGCUAAUAGGCCUACAUUCAAUAAUAUUAUAAUAAAAACAGCCGCUGAGUUAAAUCACUAGACAGAAAGAUGUGCGGUCGUUUAAAUGUAUGAAAACAAAAUGAGAUCAAUUGUUGUCUAAGAAAAGUGUAUUUUUCUGUUGAGAAUUAUAUAAAAGAGACAUGAAUACAAUUUGUUUUAAACUUUUAUAGGCCUAGUCAUUUUGAAUUUGUCGCGAUGCUUCAUGAACCCAGAUUUAAACAGAAGAUGGCGCCAGAUAGCUGUGGUGUGAUUGUGAACCUUGUGACAAAAAAUUAUUUAUGACCUAAUUGGUGUACAUUUGAACUUUUAAUUCCUGCCCCCCCCCCCCCCCUCAAUGUUUUGUUCAGCAUAUCGGGGUAAUAAACAUCCGUUCGUCUACUAAAAUAAAUACAAAUAAUCAAUAAUAGUCUAAUUAAAAACAACUAGUGAGUUAAAUCCAUGCCAGAAAGCCUUGCAUUCGUUAUAUGGAAAGCAAAAUGAGAUCAAUUGUUGUCUAGUCUAAGGGAAGUGUAUUUUUCUGUUGAGAAUUAUAUAAAAGAGACAUGAAUAAAAUGUGUUUUAAACUUUUAUAAGUCAUUUUGAGUUUGUCGCGGAGCAUCAUGUACCCCAGAUUUAAAGAGAAGAUGGCAUCAGAUAGCUGUGGUGUGAUUGUGAACUCAUGACACGACAUGUAAUUUCAUGGUCAGGGUGAGUGAGGGGAUCCCAGCGUGGGAGAUGCAUGAGGAAGCUGAGUUAGGGUCGCCGUUAUUUUAGCGUCACCGGAAUCUCCGAAAAGAACACAUCACGACUAAUGUUAUAAUGUUACCUGCUGUAAUAGGGCUAUUGUGCAUGACAGUGGACUUUAUUGGUAUCAGAAUCCGCCAAAGGACAUGGACUGAUUAUUAUCCUGGUGUGACUUUGCGGCCGCUGGAAUCACCCGCGCCUGCACUUCAUACAUGUGUGCUGCAUCGCAGUAUUUGUAUUGCAGCCUGGACUUAUUAAUCUGAUGUUUA